AUGGAUAGCAGAGACAACCUAUGGACCCGCCGAUCCAACAGCAGCAAGCUCUCACUUUCCAUGAACAGCGGUGAUGGAAAGCCCGAUCCCCCGCAACGCACCUUCUCUGCGACCAAGCGCUUUGGCGAUACGUCAUCUCACGGCGGCCGCAACCCGUUCAAUGCUCUUUCGCCCAUAACCGCUGGCGGCCUCGCUUCCCCCACCACCUCUGGCCAGACCGCGUUUGGUCUUGGGUCAGGCGCAUUUGCUUCGUUUGGCUCUGCGAACAAGACGCCCAAAACACCCGGCACCGCCUUCGAUUUCAAAGCCGCGACAAUGGGCGGAGGCGCACCGGUGACCCCCAGUGAGAAGAAGGAUAAGCCAGCGGGCAAGGCAGUGAACAGCGCCCGAAAGGAGUCGCUGUCCACCACUGCCUCGGAAGAGGCACCUGUCUCGUCCGCACCCUUAGACUUCAAUGUGCCAUGGCCGCUCAAGUACACUUGGGUGAUCUGGUACCGCCCGCCCACGCCCAAAAACUCGGACUACGAAAAGUCAACCAAGGCGUUGUGUCGCAUGAGCUCGGUGCAAGAAUUCUGGAAGGUCUUCGUUCAUCUAAAACGCCCAUCUACACUACCCACCGUAUCCGACUAUCAUUUCUUUAAAGAGGGUAUUCGUCCCGUGUGGGAGGACGAUGAGAACAAGCGCGGCGGCAAGUGGAUCAUGCGCUUGAAGAAGGGUGUGGCCGAUCGUUACUGGGAGGAGCUGCUCAUGGCAAUGACGGGGGGCGAGUUCAUGGAGGCGACGGAAGAAGUGUGUGGCUUUGUGCUCAGCGUGCGGAGCGGUGAAGACGUCUUUAGCAUUUGGACAAAGAACGACGGCGGCCGAAACAUCAAGAUCCGCGAAACCGUCAAGCGCGUCCUCAACCUCCCCGAAGGCACCAUCAUCACCUGGCGCAGCCAUGAUGAGAGCAUCGCCCAACGGACGGCCAUCGACCAAGCACGCCAGGACAAGGGCCAUCAGGAGAAGCGGAGACCCAACACCAGCACCACCGAAGAAUCGUCAAAGUAA